UUGUAGAUAAUACCUUUGACUAGAGUGUAUAUAGUCAAAGAUAAUACGUAGUGUUUGAUCUACUGCUUUUAUACAAACACAAAAUAAUUGUCUGGUAUGUGUAAAUUAAUUAUUUUGAUUUUCGUAACAACGAUCAAUUUCAUAAACGGCGCAAAGAUCUUGGGCGUGUUUCCUAGCCCAGGUUAUAGCCAGUUUAUUUUAGGAGAAGUGUUAAUGACAGAAUUGGCACGUAGAGGGCACGAUGUAACGAUGAUAAGUGCCUAUAAACCUAGAGAGGAGCUUAAGAAUUAUAGGACAAUUUUAGCAGAUGAUAUGGUAAACAAGCCUCAACGCGAUCUUUUCCCAAGGGAAAGAGAACACUUUAUAAACCGCAUUAGAAGUGUUCACAACUUGGGAUACCUAGUGACUGAAAAUGCUUUGACGAAUUCUGGCGUACAAAACUUAAUCCAUUCUAAUGAGACCUUUGACUUAGUUAUAUUGGAACAAUUUUUAAAUGAGGCUCAUAUGGCUUUUGGUGCCCAUUUUAAUGCUCCAAUUGUAUUAUUCAGCUCUAUAGGAAUUUCGGAAUGGAAUUCUCAUCUAAUUGGAGACAUAAGACUCCCUUCUAUUGUUCCUGUAACAAAAACACAUUACACAGACCACAUGAGCUUUUUCCAAAGACUUUUCAAUAGUAUUGUUAACGUAUGUGAUAUACUUUACAAGGAAUUGGUCAGUUAUCCAAUUCAUCAGGAGUAUAUAGACAAAUACUUUCCCAAAAAGAUGAACCUUAGGGAUAUUAUCUACAAUGCCAGUUUAAUGCUUCUCAACUCUCAUGUUAGUACCACACAACCAGCUUCAUUGACCACUGCUGUAAUAGAAAUCGGCGGAUUUCACGUGUCCUCGAAAAAAUUACCUGAGGACAUUCAAAAGUUCUUGGAUGAAGCCGAGAAUGGAGCCAUACUUUUCAGUAUGGGAAGUAACCUAAACAUAUCUAACCUUCCCUUGACCACGUUAGAUAAUAUUAUGGAAAUGUUUUCAAAGAUGAAGCAAAGAGUUCUGCUCAAGUAUGAAGAUAUCAAUCUGAAGAACAAACCUUCCAAUGUAUUGAUUUCUAAAUGGUUACCUCAAAGUGAUAUAUUAGAGCAUCGCAGUCUUGUGGCGUUCGUAACUCACGGUGGUCUACUGAGUGUAACCGAAGCUGUAUUUCAUGGUGUUCCCAUGGUGGGGAUACCGAUUUUUGGUGAUCAGAGAAUGAAUGUUGCCAGGUGCGUUCGGAAGGGAAUAGCUGUACAUCUUCCUUUCCAGGAGUUAACUGCUUUUAACUUGCAUCAGGCUUUGGUGAAAGUUUUGGAAAAUCGAGAGUAUCAAGAUAAUUCAAGAAGGAAUGCCAACAUUAUGAGAGAUAGACCUGUAAGACCUUUGAAUUGGGCCAUGUACUGGAUAGAGUACGUUCUAAGGCAUAAUGGAGCAAUUCAUUUGAGGAAUGCCUCUUUGGAGCUUUACUGGUUCCAGUUGUAUUUGAUAGAUGUAAUUAUUUUUCUGAUGGUGUCUCUUAUACUGAUGUACUAUCUAAUUGCCAAAAGACAAAGGAUUAAGGGAUUUCAUCCGCAGGUCACCCAGAACACCAAUGCAAAAAAAUUGAGAAAGAAAAAUAAAUUAAAGAAGUAUUAAAAUUCGUUUUUCAUGUUGA